GAGACCUGCAGGAGUUUUCUCACAGCAAAAAGACACCGUCUAUGAGGAACAGGCCCUCACCAGACACCAAAUCUGCUGGCACCUUGAUCUUGUACUUCACAUCCUCCAGGACUGUGAGCAAUAAAUUUCUGUUGUUUAUAAGUUACCCAGUCUAAGUUACUUUAUUCUGGUGGCCCGAAUGGACUAAGACAAUAUCGAAGGGAGUAGGUAAGUAGUUGACCCUCUGGGUCUGAAAUUCAGGAGAGAGGUCUGAAGUGGAUGUAUAAAUUUGCAGGUUGUGAGUGUAUAGAUGGAACUUCAACCAUGGAAUCUAAGAGAUCCCCAAGGUAGUGAGUAUACAUUUAAAAAAAAUAGAGAGAGGGAUCUGAGGACUGAGUAUUUGGUCAUUCCCAGUAGUUAGUCUGGGAUAUUAGGAACAGAAAAGGAGCAGAUAGGAAGAAAAUGGAGAAAUAGUGAUACCUCAGAGGCCAAGAGAAGAAUGUAUUCCAUGAGGAAGGGAGUUGUUUAGUCUGUUUGGGCUGCUAUAACAAAAUACCAUAAACUGGGUGGCUUAUUAACAAUAGAAAUUUAGUUAUCAUCAUUCUGGAGGCUGAGAAAUUCCAGAUAAACUUGCCAGCAGAUUCAUUGUCUGGUGAUGGCCUGCUUCCUGAUUCAUAGAUGGCAACCUUCUCACCGUAUUCUCACAUGGUAGAUUGAGGCAGCUUCCUGGGGCCUCUUUUAUAAAGGCACUAAUCUCAUUCAUGGGAAUCUGCCCUCAUGACCUAAUUAUCUCCCAAAGCUCCCACCUCCUGAUACCAUCACAUUGGAGAUUAGAUUUCAAAAUAUGCAUUUGAGUGCUAUUGAUGUUUCAGAACACUUUACUCAGAACCAAAGCAGACCAGAAGAAAUCACUCUUAGAGAAAAUUUUGACAAUGAUCUACUUUUCCAAGCUGAGAGCUUUGGGGAGGAAUCUGAAAUUCUCAGAAGACAUAGCUUCUUUGAUGACAACAUAUUACUGAAUUCCGGUGGUCCUUUAAUUGAACAUAGUUCUGGAAGCCUCACUGGAGAAAGAUCUCUGUUCUAUGACAGUGGAGAUGGGUUUGGAGAUGAAGGAGCUGCAGGAGAAAUGAUUGACAAUCUAUUGCAAGAUGAUCAGAAUAUCCUGUUAGAAGACAUGCAUUUGAACAGAGAAAUUUCCCUGCCUCCUGAGCCUCCCAAUAGUUUAGCAGUUGAACCAGAUAACUCAGAGUGUAUAUGUGUACCUGAAAAUGAAAAAAUGAAUGAAACAACAUUAUUAUCAACUGAAGAGGAAGGAUUUACCCUUGAUCCAAUUGAUAUUUCAGACAUUGCUGAGAAAAGGAAAGGCAAAAAGAGGAGAUUGCUCAUAGAUCCUGUCAAGGAGCUCAGUAGCAAAGUUAUACAUAAACAGCUUACUUCCUUUGCGGACACACUCAUGGUUUUGGAACUUGCACCUCCUACCCAAAGAUUGAUGAUGUGGAAGAAGAGGGGAGGAGUGGAUACACUUCUGUCAACUGCUGCCCAGGAUUUGAUUCAUGCUGAACUGAAAAUGUUGUUUACAAAAUGCUUUCUGUCCUCUGGCUUUAAACUUGGAAGAAAAAUGAUACAGAAGGAGUCACUAAGGGAAGAAGUGAGAAACCAAAAUAUAAUAGAGACAUCCAUGAUAGAAGAGCCAAAUUCCCAGCAAGAGUUAAGUAAACCCCAAACUUGGAAGGAUGUGAUUGGUGGAUCUCAGCAUAGCUCUCAUGAGGAUACCAAUAAAAAUAUUAACUCUGAGGAUAUUGUUGAAAUGGUGUCUUUAGCUGCUGAGGAAUCAUCUUUAACGAAUGACUUAUUUGCACAAGAAAUUGAAUAUAGUCCAGUUGAAUUGGAGUCAUUGAGGAAUGAAGAAAAUAUUGAGACAGAGAGAUGGAAUCGAAGAAUACUUCAGAUGUUAAAUCGUUUACGGGAAUCUAACAAGAUGGGAAUGCAGUCCUUUAGUCUGAUGAAGCUCUGUAGAAAUAGCGACCGAAAGGAAGCAGCUGCCAAAUUUUAUAGCUUUCUUGUCCUAAAGAAACAGCGGGCUAUCGAGCUGAGCCAGAGUGCUCCCUAUGCAGAUAUUAUAGCUAUGAUAGGACCAAUGUUUUAUAACAUAUGAAGGAAACCCAGACAUACAGAUUUAUGUCAUCACUGGAAUUUCUGUGUAGAUUGUUCAAUUUAAUGCAGAAGCCAUCUGGAAGCAGCUGAAGAUCUGAUCCAUUUCAUAGACAGGCUGACCUAUUUCCUCUCUGUAGUUCAGAAUAAUCAUAGCUAGAAUUGGAAACCUACAUGCUUAAAAAGAAAUACUUUAAAUUCUGUUUUGUUUUGUUUUUUGUUUUUUUAAGGAGAAAGGUCUCACUAUGUUGCCCAGGCUGGACUUGAACUCUGGGCUUAAGUGAUUCUCCUGCCUCAGCCUCCUGAAUAGCUGGGACUACAGGCACAUGCCACCAUACCUGGCUCAGAAAUACUUAAUUAUAGCUACGUAAUUUUUUUUAACUUGGCUGAUUUGAAUAUAUAGCAUUUAUCAUUUCCCUGACUUGAAUGUUGCAUUUAGCAUACAUUUAGGAUGCAUUUUUAAAAUGCUAUAUGUUUUUGACAAACAUUCAAAGAUGUUUCUUAAAAGGUUAUUUUACACUGGAGUAUUUACUUGAAUUUUAUGGGGUUAAUGAUGAAAACAUCAUUAUUUCUACACAGACAGUUUAUUUGGUUGCAUUGUAUAUCAUCCUUGAUUUGACCUAAUGCCAUGGUUUUUAAUCCAAUAUUUUAAUUGAAGAGUUACAAAGCUCAUCUUUGCUUUAAAUUACCUGAGUGGGUUUUAGUCUAUUUAUAGGUCAUUUAACCUUUUUAUUUACUAUUUAAUGAUUAUUAUAAUCACCAUUAAUGUGUAAGCAAAACUAAAUCUUCUUCUUAUGUUUAAAAAUACUAGCAGACACUUGUUCCUCAUGUUGUUUGCAGCUACAGUCUGAGUAAAGAUCACCAAAAUAAAUGUUCUUUUGCUUGGUAUUUAUUGAACAUUUUUGACAUUAAAACUGUUGUUUUCCUUUUUUCUUAAUUGAAGUUUGAGUUAGGACAUUUUCAUAUUAUGCUCCGUGAGCUCCAUUGUACACUGUAAAAUGAAGCCUAUGGUACUCAUUAAAAUGUUGUUUUAUCUGGAAUUAUGCUGCAAACAACAAAUUCUAAAUAGCCUCUCUAAAUGUAUUAACUAUAAAUUUUAAAUGGCAACAUGCCUUUUUAAAAUUUCUUUUAUUUUUUAAAUUAACAUACAGAAAAUUUGACUUCUUAAUUUUGGUGCACAGUUCUGUGAAUUUUAACAUAUUUGUAGAGUCCUGUAACCAUCUCCACAAUUAGGAUUCCAGCAGUAACAUCACCCUAAAAAAUUAUCUGUGUUAUCCCUUUGUAGUAACACCCUUCCCCCAUAUAACAUCUGGCAACCACUCUUCUCCAUGACUACAUUUUUGUCUUUUUGAAAAUGUCAUACAAAUGGAAUCAUAUAGCAUGUAACCUUUCGAUACUGGCUUCUUUCACUCAUAAAUGUCUUUGAGAUUCAUC